GGAUGUGUGCCCUGUAUACCUGUGUAUAUGGAUGCGUUCCGUUUCACGCAUUGAGCGCAUAGAUCGCCUGAAAAUCUAUAGUUCACGUAACAUAUAUUAUAGAUUUCCAAGCGAUCUAUGCGUGAAACGGAACGCAACUUAUAUCAGCUGAUUGUCAAAAAAGUCACGCGAUAUCGCGAUACGCGAUGUCAAUUGAAUUGUUGUUGAAUUGAACUUUGCUACAUUUCCCUUAAAUUUAUCGAAAUAAUAAAAAGGCUCCUAAAAUGGCGACGAAUUAUAUAUGGGAUGCCGAAAAUGCGGCACCAACAUGCAAUAUCAACGAAACAACACCACUUCUGUCAGAGAGUGGUCAAGCCAGCAUGUCUCAGAAGAUUGGUAUCUCGCAACAAACUUUGGUCUCCACUAAUGGCCAAAAAGCUGAGAAAUUGCCACAAUAUCUGGCAGGCAUAGCAGCGACACUUGGUGCUCUCGCCGCUGGUAUGGUACUAGGUUGGACAUCGCCUGCUGGAGAAAAUGGCAUAAAUCUGGUGCAAAACUACAACAUACCUAUAAGUCCAGACCAAUUCUCCUGGAUAGGAUCGCUCACCACUCUCGGAGCAGGCGCAAUGUGUAUUCCCAUUGGUAUACUGACAGAUCUGAUUGGCAGAAAAACUGCUAUGUUACUCAUGGUGGUCCCUUUCACCAUUGGUUGGCUACUUAUCAUCUUAUCGAAUUCAGUGCUCAUGUUCUACUUUGGUAGAUUUAUUACUGGUGUCAGUAGUGGGGCCUUCUGUGUGGCUGCUCCUCUAUAUACGUCAGAGAUAGCCGAAAGUGAGAUUCGUGGUACACUUGGUUCUUAUUUUCAGUUGAUGCUUACUAUAGGUAUUCUGAUCUCGUAUAUUCUUGGAACUGUUCUGAAAAACAUGAUAACAUUGUCAAUCAUCUCGGGAAUUGUGCCACUAAUCUUCUUCGCAGUAUUCUUCUUCAUGCCCGAGACUCCAGUAUACUACUUAAAGAAAGGAAAUGAAGAAGCUGCCAGGAAAAGCUUGACCAGACUUCGCGGUAAUCAAUAUGACAUCGAAGUCGAAUUGCAGGCGCAUCGCGAGGCACUUGAAGAGGCCAAUCGAAGAAGCGUGUCAUUUGCUGUCAUGAUUAAAUCACGAGCUGUCAAGAAGGGCUUCGUAAUCGCUUAUGGAUUAAUGCUCUUCCAACAAAUGAGUGGUGUAAACUCCAUCAUUUUUUAUUCUUCGGACAUCUUCACCAAAGCUGGAAGCUCUCUACCGCCCGGUGAGGCAUCCAUCAUUGUGGGAGCGGUACAAGUAAUAUCGGUUUUCUUGAGCACUUUAGUCGUUGAUAAAUUGGGCAGAAGGAUAUUACUAUUGGCAUCGAUCGUGGUUAUGUUUUUAAUGACUCUGAUUCUUGGAAUUUAUUUUUAUUGUAUCAAUCACACUACUGCCUUUGAUAAUCUCAAGUGGUUCGCGAUUAUUCCACUAUGCGUUUUUCUUAUAAUGUUUUCCUUCGGUUUUGGCCCGAUUCCAUGGAUGAUGAUGCCAGAAAUUUUCGCGCCAGAAGUGAAGGGAAUCGCUGGAAGCAGCGCUUGCCUAUUUAACUGGCUCGCAGCUUUUGUAGUCACCAAGUUUUAUACACAAAUGGUUGAUGCUGUAGAGCCUUACGGUACUUUCUGGAUAUUCUCUUUGUUCUCCAUUGUUGGUAUUGUAUUCGUUUAUUUCUUGGUCCCAGAAACUAAGGGCAAAACACUGGAUCAAAUUCAAAGGGAAUUGAAUAAUUGAGUUAAAGUUCCUAUUAAAAAUAUAAAUUGUAAAUAUAUACAUAUAUAUAUAUAUAUAUAUAUAUAUAUAUAUAUAUAUAUAUAUACAUAUACAUAUACAUAUAUAAAUUAUGUACAUAUACAUAAGUUACUUAAGCCAAGUAUAUAUUUUAAAUUGAUAAUAUUGUACCAAGCAUGUAUUGUAAUAUGUAUGUUAUUCCAAAUUCUCUAAAUUGCAAUGUUAUAAUGUAUAAUACUGUUCAAUAGCCUCAUUGUUAUUUCAUUAUAUUAUAGUACCAUCUUAAUCCUCACCUAAUGCAUAUCAUCAAAAGUGAUAAAAGAGAAUAAAUAUAUACAUUUUAUUUUCUCAAAUUUUAUUAAAAUCAUUAGUAAAUCACAUCUUGAAGAAACAUAUAAAAUCUGAUAAAUUUCAGCUCUGGGAAAUUUUAAUAUGACUUAUAAAUAUAUUCAUAAUAUAAAAUAUUUUCAUAAUAUUAUUAUUUUAAUUGAUGUCCCGUUCGAGGAGUAAAGAUACUAUCAGUGUACUAAUGAUACUUGAUGAUUUUUGUACAAUAAGACUGAUUCUUUUAUAAACUUUUAUUUUAAUUAUUGUCACUAUCUUUUCAUUAUUAUUAUUUAAUAGAAAUAAAAUUAUCAUUAUAUUUACUUAUUAUAUAUUUUAUUUGCCCACUGCAAAUAAAUUUUGUUAAACAUUAAAAUAUUAAAUUUUUUUGCAUUUUUUGUUGAAUUGUAAAUUAACAUCAAAAGCAUUUCCGUUAUUUUAUCCUUUCAAAAUCCCGUCAAAAAUGUAGGAAUCUGCUGUUUUUAUCUUAUUUUUACUUCUCUUUAUCCUAUCUUUUAUCAUUAGGCUUUAUGAUUUGUUUCGCAUUUUCUUCCAUAGAUGUCUACACUUUUA